UAAACAAUACACCUGAUCAACCUCAUUGCGCCUGAUACACCUAGGUGACGCGACCUGCCGCCGUAUUUACAGGUUUGACCUUUGCUCAACGGGCUCAACGUGCCGGCAGAGUGCCGCCAGAGGCUCUGCGUGCCGCCAGUGGUCUGCCAGUGGCGCUUGUGCUUCUCUAGCAGUCGCCUCGCAUACUCGCAUAUCCGCCAUAUGUUCUGUCUCUGCGUGGGUGGCCUGCUCGGCUGCCUGUGUUGAGGUCGGCUUCGCACUUUGAGAAGAUCGCGACUUCUCAUUAUGCCCGAAGCCCUGCCUACACUGUUCUGAGCUAGCCACAAUGUUUCCCAACGUCGGGCAAGCCACGGAAGACAAAACGGCUGGCGGCAGGCCUGGAGACGAUGCGCCGUGGUGGCUCAAGUACCUCGGCAGGUUCGUGGGAACUGUCAGUGCACUGGUUGCAAUUGGUCUGGGUGCGCAGCUGGCUGUUUUAUCGGUCGUCACCUUCUCGUCAGCAUGCCUCCUGGCAGCUAUUCUCCAAAUGAUUGUAGGGCUGGGGGUGGCCCUGGUUGAAGCACCCUGCUUUUGCGCAUUUCUCGAGUUUGCCCAAGCUCCAGGGAACUUCUUCGACCGCAAGCCUUAUUGGUACAAGGCUCUUCUGUAUGGAGUGGGUGGUGUGUUACCUGUGGCACUCUGUGGUGGCAUAACCACUUUCUUCGGUGGUGGCCUGGUGUUUGGAGCUGGAUGCAUCUAUGGCAUCAUGGCUAUGGGUCGCAAGGCCAGCGCCGAGGAAAUGCGAGCGCGUGCCACAAGUACCGCCAAUCUAGUUCCAUCCGGAAGGGACGUGGAGGCGGCUUCAGGGGACAUGAAGUUCUCUCCGAGCUAGAGGCCAGCACCGGUCAGGACUCAGCGCCUCGUUCAAGACAAAGAGGAACACAAGCCGUCGCUCGUGUUUCCCCGUCUCUGCUUCGGCGAGACAUUCAUUCCAAAAUUACACGCCUUUGUUUUUGGCAUUGUUUCACUGUCCCCAAGUCCCAUGCCCCAACCUGAAAACGGGGCCACUCAGUGUUGCUUUUUUCCUUGUGUAUAAAGAUGGCUACACUGAACGGCUUCUAUUUGUAUUUGUUUUUGAUUCAGAGGGGCUGCAGUCAUGUUCAACUUUGAGUUGCCUACUUAUGGGAGCUGCGUUGCGUGCUUUGGUUUUGGAGAGCGGUGUUUAGAGAGACCAGCGAGUGCGAGUUGCUGCACGAACUUGCAUUCCUCUCUUGAUGCUCGACAAGUUCACGCUGUGGAGGAUCUGUUAAUACUCUUCCUUUUUGUUUUGAGAUCUGGAGUCGUGGUGUAUAGCAUAACUUGAAAUGGCUUCGUACCAUUCCAAGUAGAGCCCGUGAAAGCAUGCAGUUGUUGCCUCGUCAGAUACUGAGAGCAGCAAGAACCGUAGCCGUGUUGUCAAGCACUGAACAUACGUAGUUCACAAAGUGCAAAGGUGGUUUGCCUGCCCUAUUUCGCGUAGGCUUUGGUGUUGAGUUCAGGGUGGAUUGGUUUCCAGCAACCUCUUCUAGCCAUGACAUUAAAGUGUUCAAAAGUAAAGUGUGUUUCUUGUUUUUAGUGGUUUUAUGGUGCGAGGUUGGUGAGAGUAGCAACUUCCGUGUUAGUCACCGGGUUUGCACAGAAGUGGGUUUGGUGCACUCUACUGUUCGAUGGUGGUUGCUCUUUUGGCGGAAACUUGGCACCUGUCAAUUUGCACGCUGGUUUCUGUAAAAUGUGUUUGUUUGCAGGUUAUUAUCCAUCCAUAUUGAUUGAUAGUCUGCAUUUCAUGAUCAAAAUAGCCGUUGUGUGCCAAGCCCCUGCCAGUGUGUACACCUCAGUCUGUUCAUGGGAUAUUGUGUAAAAAUGAAUGUCUGUAUUUAGCUAUGUGGUAAUAAAUGUUAAGAGUAAA